AUGGUUGCUCAUCUCUGCCACCUCCCGCUACCGGUCCUCCUCGUCUACGUCAUCAUCGACAUCGGCGUCAGCGUCGGUGGGCGCGGCGCUGUCACCGUCGUCGCUGACGCCAGCUCUCAACGCUCCGUGGCGCUUGCUGCUCGCAUGCUGCCGGCUUCGAGCAGUGCGGCCGAGCCACGACUGCCAUGGGUCGACACCCUCGCGCCGGGCGCACAGCAGGCCGAUGUGCAGGCGCUUGUCACGCCGGUCACUUUUGCCGACCUCGCAGGAGCCUCCGGCGGAAGCGACCAGUUCUCUGCUUCCUGGCUUGUGUGGCGGCGGGUCGGGCACGGCAAGCCCAGUCGCCGGCCACCGGAUCUGUGCGUGGCGGUGUGCGAUGCCAAGUCGCGCAUUGCCACGCCUUCCCAGUUGUCUUUGCUGUUGUAA